UCAGAAGCAGGCAAGUGGGACUAGUUUUGUUUGGGAUCAUUUUUAGGAUACACUGUUUGGACCAAAGGGUGUGUUUGCACGCUGUUAUGACUCUAAGGAUCUUGCACUGUCUCUAUCUCUGAACCAAGAGAUCAAGCGGUGUGUUUUAACAGCUCUGAACAGGUUAAUUAAAAAUGAAUUAGUUAAAUAAAACCAAGGGCUAUUUGCUAGAAUGGUUUCAUUGUGAAUGCAUAGACUUUCGUUACCAAAUCUUUAUCGUCUCAUGACCGUGCAGCAGUGACAGUGUUAAAGUGGCCCCUUUCUUUUCUCGGCAUUUGUUUACCAGGAACCGCGAGUGUGCGAUCCUCCUUUUCCGCUGUCGAGUGAAAGUCACUUCACGGACGUAAGUGACGCUAAUACUGAAAGCCAACUGCUUUUGUAAAUUGCUAAAGUUACUCCACCUCAUCAGUUCAAAAAGAAUUGAAAUUGUGAAGAUUUUCUUGCAGAGAUGGAGACGGCCUCACCUCCGGGACAAAGUAAUGACUCAGUAGAAGAUCGGACUGCUGCACAACGAUAUAUGAUUCAAGUGAAUGGAGUUUUACAUGACGUGAAAAAUGAAGACCCUCUGAUGUCUCUGGCUGAAUACUUGCGUUCCGUUCUACACCUUUGUGGAACAAAGACCAUGUGUCACGAAGGAGGUUGUGGCUGCUGUGUUGUUGUACUUGAAUAUGACAACCCCACAAAACCAGAGAAAAGAAUCAUCAAGUCAAUGAAUUCAUGUUUGUUUCCAAUUGGCUCCCUCCUUUCAUUGAAGAACCAUCAGGUUGUAACAAUAGAGGCACUGGGGUCUAUGAAGAAGGGUUUACACCCCAUACAACAGCGACUGGCUGAUUACAAUGGAAGUCAAUGUGGAUUUUGCAGCCCAGGCUUUGUCAUGCAGAUGUUUGGGCUUCUGAAAAACAAACCAAGUCCUAGCUUUCAGGACGUGGAGGAUAACUUUGAUGGCAAUGUCUGCAGAUGUACAGGCUAUCGAUCUAUUUUGGAUGCCAUGAAGUCUUUUGUCAAGAGUACAGACACAAAGCUGAGAGGUUCCUUUAUUGAUAUAGAGGAUUUGAUGAGCUGUACCAAGAUAAGGAGACCUUGUACUCGGAGCUCCUUGGGUGAAAUUGCAUCUUCCACUAGUCCAGCAGAGGGCACCACCAGCAUGCUUUUCUCAAAGGAUGGUCUCAAAUGGUACCAGCCAACAGAACUAACUCAGCUAUAUCUAUUAAUGCAGGAGCACUCGAGUGAAACUGUCAAACUUGUACAUGGAGACACUGCCAAAGGAGUUUACAAGAAAGAUGGACCUUAUCAAGUUCUCAUUGAUGUGAAAGGAAUCCCUGAUCUUUACAAGGUCACUAUGGGACCUAAUGGUUUAAAGGUGUUUUCCAAUGUUACCCUGAGUUCACUCAUCGGCUACCUGAAACAGUAUUCUGACCAAUCACUGUCCUACAACGUUAUAGCUCGUCACUUGCUCAAGGUUGCAAAUGGGCCUGUGCGAAAUGCUGGUGGAUGGGCUGGAAAUUUGAUGAUGAAGUGGAAACACCAUGAGUUUGUGUCUGAUGUAUUUGUGGCCUUUGAAGUUGCUGGUGCUAAACUGACUGUUGGAGAUAUUGCAGAAUUGAACACUUAUACCCCAGCGCAGUUUCUCGAUGUCAACAUGAAUGGAAAGGUUCUUUUGUGUGUGGAAAUCCCAAAGCUGGCAGAGUCUGAAAGGAUGAACAGCUAUAAGAUUAUGCCCCGAAUGCAGAAUGCUCACACGUAUGUGAGUGCAGGGUUCCGGGUUCAGUUAAAGGCUUUGGAUAAGAAACAGUUGGUCGAAUCCAUCUCAAUGGUGUACACUGGAAUCAAUGAGACCUUCAUUCAUGCUGUUGCCACAGAAAAAUAUCUCCAAGGCAAAGACAUCACAGCCAAUGCAACUUUGCAAGGUGCCCUGACAACACUUGACAAGGAGAUAAUUCCUGAUGAAGAUAAUCCAUUACUUGCAAGCGCUGAGUACAGAAAAUCACUGGCACUUGGGCUUUUCUAUAAGUUUUUCCUCUCUCUGUUGAGCGAAGGUGUUGUUUCACCUUGCAACCGGAGUGCUACAUGUUCUUUGGAACGUCCUGUAUCCACGGGAAAACAAACGUUCAGCAGCAAACCAGAGGAAUAUCCUUUGACAAAGCCUAUGCCAAAAUUAAGUGCCUACAAGCAGACAUCCGGUGAAGCUGAGUUUAUCAACGACCUGCUGCCUCUUCCGAAUGAGUUAUUUGCAAUGUUCGUGCUGAGCACAGAGGGAAGUGCAACUAUCAGCAACAUUGACAGUACGGCAGCUAUGAGUGUGCCUGGUGCUGCUGCAGUGCUUAAAGCAAGCGAUAUACCUGGAUGCAAUACAUUUAUGCCUCCACCCUAUGAGGCUGAAGAGAUUCUGAGCAGUGGUCCUGUUCUGUAUGCUGGGCAGCCAAUCGCGCUGUGUCUUGCAGAUUCACAACAUCAUGCUCUGGAGAUGGUAGAAGUAGUGAAGGUCACCUACCAAGAUCAACAGCCUCCAAUAGUGACCCUUGAUGAAGCUAUUGAGAAAAAAUCCUUUUACCCAUCACCUGGAAAGGGAUUGCUUGUUGGACACCCUGAAGAUGCUAUUUCAGAAUCUCCUUGCAAAAUUGAAGGGGAAGUUAGAGCAGGUGAACAGUACCAUUUCCACAUGGAAACACAGAUUUGUCGGUGCAUGCCUACUGAAGAUGGUUUGGAUGUUCAGGCAGCAAGCCAAUGGUUGGACUUAGCACAACAAGCCAUUGCCUGUGCCAUUGGAAUACCUGCCACAGAUAUCAACAUCUCAGCUAAGCGUUUGGGAGGAGCUUAUGGAGGUAAAGCUACACGGGCCAGUUUAGUAGCUUGUGGUGCAGCAGUGGCUGCAACAGUCCUUUGCAGACCUGUUCGAUGCAUAAUGGACCUGAGCACCAACAUGAAAGCAGUUGGCAAACGCCAUAGUUAUAUUUUCAAAUACAAGGUGGGGUUUAAUGAAGAUGGUAAACUAAAUGGUAUUAUCAUUACUUACUAUGCUGACAAUGGAUGUAGCCCGAAUGAUAAUGAGGUUGGAGAAUCCCUCGUAUUUUCUGAUAAUGUGUACAAAUGUCAGAACUGGAAGCUGAUCCCUGUUGCGCUUAAAACAAACCGAGCAGCUCACACAUGGUGCAGAGCUCCAGGUUCAGUACCCAACAUAUUUGUCAUUGAGACAAUUCUUGAACAUGUGGCCAAAUUUCUGAACUUGGAUCCAAUCGCUGUAAAGCAGAAGAACUUGUAUGUUCAAGGAGACAUCACACCACUGGGCUUCAACCUGCCCUACUGCAGCAUCUGGGAUCUUUACUCAACUCAGUUAGAAAAAGUGGAUGUGGCUGGGCGACUGCAAGCAAUUAAGAAAUUCAAUGCAGACAACAGGUGGAAGAAGAAAGGACUGGCAGUGGUUCCCCUCAAAUACGGCCUGUAUUGGUCUGAAAGCUAUUACUUGUGUACUGUUUCAAUAUUCGCCAGUGAUGGUUCAGUCAUGAUUUCACAAGGUGGCAUUGAGUCUGGUCAAGGCCUUGAUACCAAGGUUGCUCAAGUGUGUGCCUAUGCAUUGGGGAUUCCAGUUAAUUCCAUCUCCAUAAAACCAACCACAACAAUCAGUAGCCCGAACUCUGGCCCAACUGGUGGCAGCAUGACCAGUGAACUUAACUGUUUGGGUGUAAAAAAUUGUUGUGAGAUAUUGAAGAAGAGAAUGGACCCAGUGAAGGAUACUCUUCCACCAGGUACCCCUUGGAAGGAUCUGGUGGCAGCCUGUUUUAAAGCCAAAGUGAAUUUGACUGCACAGUAUUGGGUGUGGCCUGAUGCACAGCCCAAAAGAGCCCCUCAGUAUAAUUCAUAUGGAGUAACUGUGGCAGAGGCUGACCUUGAUGUCCUGACUGGCGAGAACCAGAUUAGUCAAGUGGACAUACUGUUUGACUGCGGUGAAAGCAUGAACCCUGACAUUGAUAUUGGACAAGUUGAGGGUGCUUUUGUCAUGGGCAUGGGAUAUUGGCUGCUGGAGAAGAUGAUUUAUGACCCUUCGACUGGGGAGGUACUGAAUCCAGGGACAUGGGAUUACAAACCACCAUUCAGCAAGAGCAUACCGAUUAAUUUCAACAUUGAGCUUUUAAAGAAUGCUCCCAACCCAAUGGGUGUUCUUCGUUCCAAAGCCUCUGGUGAACCUCCCCAGUGUAUGUCCUGUGUCACGUUAUUUGCCGUGAAGCACGCUAUUGAGGCAGCACGUCAAGAUGUUGGGAAGGAUACCUACUUUCCAUUAAGUGGACCAGCAACAGUUGAUGUAAUCCAGGCCAGCUGCCUUGUGGACUAUAAACACUUUUCAAUUUGAAAACCCAUCAUCAAUUCCUGCUGCUACAUUGAACAAAGCUAAUCAUCUGCAUUCUUCCAGAAAUUGUUUUGUCUUUACCUGUAUUGUAUAAUACAUACAAUGUUAACUACAUAUCCAUACAGCCUAGAACUUUAAAGGUUUACUCCUCUACUGAUUGUCAAUGCACCUUUAACACAAGUUUGCAAGGUAAACUUAAUAUUGGAUGGUUUGCCCUUUCUCUGAGUUUUUUUUUCAUUCAUUCCUGGGACAUGGAGACGUUUUGCUGAAGUCACAGCAGAUGAAUACUCUAUUCAUUAUUCAAAGAGUAAUGAGUACAUCAUUACUCAUCUAAAAAGAAAAACAGUACUUUUAAGAAGGUAAACUUAAAAUUGGCAAUUAAUGCAGUUUUUCAUUUUGAUUGAUGGCAUUGAUUUAUUAAAUAACUUGCUAGUUCAAAAUAUUCCAGUGGUUCCAAUGAUUAUUGGUCCAUAAACAUCCUCAAUCGCUUGGAGGAGGUAGGAUGUUUGGAGUUAGGUAACAGCAAGGUUUUGUUAGUUUGAGUGCAUUAUUUCACCUGUGUUUGUAGCCAAACAUGGAGUUUACAGCAGCAGCGGAGGAGGAGAUUCUGCUAACUACACCGAUAUGAACUGUUUGCCAAAGCCAUUCAAAACUAAUCCUGCAGACUGUUUCUCUUCUGAGAGUCCUGUUUCACCAUCUGCUUCGAAUAUUUAUCCUUUCCCGUCUUCAAGGCUGCAAUUGUCUGUCUCAACUGUCCCUGAGGCAAAUGCUCUAACAACUUCCUGCACAAAGAAAUUUCUCCUCAUACUUCUCUUUACUUUCUUAAUAAUCAAAGCAAUGCAUAAAUUUGCCAAAGGAAAUGAUCUUUCUUUUAUAUAAUCUACAAAUAUUUUAACUUAAAAAACCUGUAUAUCUCUUCUUAGCCAUUUCUGCUCUAGCAAAAUAGGCCUGAUAUCUCAAAUUUCUCCAAAUAAGUACAAAUUCACAUCCUGACAUAAUUCUGCUGAAUCUGCACUGUACACACUCAAUGAUGAGAGUUAGAAAUAAACCUUUCAAACCUUUGUGUCCCCACCCUUCACAGCACUAUAUUCAAAUCUGUUAUCAAACAGCAGCUGAUCAGGAAUAAGUUGCUGGUGACGCCCAGUUUGGAUUCGGUCAGGUCCACUCAGCUCCUGACCUCAUUACAACCUUGGUUCAAACAUGGGCAAAGGAGCUGAAUUCCAGAGGGGAGGUGAGGGUGACUCCAUGAGACACCAAGGCCACAUUCAACUAAGUGUGGAAUCAAGGAGCCCUAGCAAAACUGGAAUCAAUGAGUAUCAAAACUGGAAUCAAUGAGUAUCAGGGUGUAAAUUCUCUGCUAAUUGGAGUGAUACCUAUCACAGAGGAAGAUGGUUAUGGUAUUUACCAUAAGCUUCCUUUUAUUUCCUUAUCCAAUCCUGUAUGUUCCUUGAUAUCCAGGGUUCUCUGGAAUUUUUGUGUCCACUCUUCAUCUUUCCGAGGACAUUUUCGCCAUUUUCUUUCCAAAAGACUAUCACUUUGGAUGUAGGUUUACCAAGUGAUUCUGUCUAGUCCACUUUGGUUACCGUCAUAUUGUACUAAAAUUUAGCCUACCCUCAAUUACAAAACUGGUUUUGUUUUUUUCCACGAUUACUUUAAACCUGGCUGAGGUGUGUGGUCAUUAUUCAUGAAAUGCUGUCCCAUUGGCACUUCUAUCACUUGUCCAGCUUCAUUUCCUAAUAUUAGGUAUAGAACUGCCGCUCUCUGAUAGGACAUUCCUGAUGAAGGGCUUUUGCUGGAAACGUCAAUUUUCCUGCUCCUUGGAUGCUGCCUGACCUGCUGUGCUUUUCCAGCAACACAAUCUUGACUCUAAUCUCCAGCAUCUGCAGUACAUUCUGUAUGCUGGUUUAAAAAGCUCUUUUAGAUACAUUUUAGAAUUCUCCCUGGGUAUUUCACUCUGUCUAUCCUGGGGAAGGUGGAAUCCCCGAGAUAAAAACAAUGACUGCAGAUGCUGAAAACCAGAGUCUAGAUUAGAGUGGUGCUGGAAAA